GAGAAUAUCCGUUUGUCCGAUUCAUCCUUUUCUGGCCAGAAAGGAUGAAUAUUCAGUACUAAUUCUCGGACUCGAUCAUGCGGGCAAAACAACAUACCUGGAACAAACAAAAACACGAUUUAAUGCAAAUUAUAAGUCAAUGUCCUUGCACAAGAUUACUUCCACCGUAGGAUUAAAUAUUGGCCAAGUUACUCUUGAGGGCAUUGUGAUCAAGUUCUGGGACCUUGGAGGACAGACGGAAUUGCAAUCACUAUGGGAUAAAUACUACUUGGAGUCCCAUGGUGUUAUAUUUAUAGUAGAUUCUUCUGACCCAGGUCGUUUCGAUGAAUCCAAGGAAGCUUUCGGUAGCCAUAAGAUGAUACAAAAUCGCGCGCUUGAAGGAGUUCCCCUGCUCAUCAUUGCUAAUAAGCAAGAUCUUGACCAUGCCUUCCCUGUUUCUGAAGUGAAACAAGUAUUUCAGGAAAGCGCACAUCUUAUUGGUACGAGGGAUUGUUCGAUGCGUGGAGCAUCCGCGCUAAAAGGAGACGGUGUUAACGAUGCGAUUAGGUGGAUGGCAGACAGGAUUAAGAAAAACUCCAGUCGGCGCCCCCCCACUGUCGACUAA